AUGACGAUGACUGGUGCAUUUUAUCAGCUUCUCCGUAACCCACAAUAUAUGGCUGCUGUACAGUCAGAACUCCGAAACGCCUUUCCCAACCAAGAGUCCAUCACUGCGGAUGGCCUCGCAAAGCUCCGCUACCUCCCAAGUGUAAUUUAUGAGACGCUUAGGUUGAUGCCGCCGAUCAAUACCCGCUUUGCCGACCGAACAUGUCCUGGAAUAGAGAUCAACGGCAUGUACAUUCCAAAAGGCACGACAGUCUCCGCCAAAGUCUUCUCCAUGCAAAGGAUGCUCGAGUAUUGGGCCGAACCAUUGUCCUUCAGGCCCGAUCGAUGGUUUGACAAUGGACCGGGUACCCUGUUUGAACAUGACAACAGGGAAGCUUGCAAGCCCUUUCUUUCAGGAACUAGAGGCUGCAUCGGAAAGGAAAUGGCAUACCAGACACUCUGCAUUUCUCUUGGACAUAUUCUCUAUCGCUAUGACUAUAAAAUGGUCAACACUUCUCUUAAUUGGGACAGAGAUGUCCCUUCUGCGGUGUCUUUCCAGAAUUUCAAAUGUGUUCAGGUGAACGUUCACCCACGGAAGUCAUAA